AGGGUGCGGGUGGGGGAAUUAGUUGCCUUUUGGAGUGACGAGGGGGCAGAGGCGGCGGCGCUGGCUUUUGCGGUGGCGCGGGCUCCCGGGAGAACCAGAUACCUCAAGGCCCUUACCCCCUACCCGGUUCCUAGAAGCGGGAGUCCCGGCUCUCCCGGUAGCUGCCGGGCUCUCCCGAGCGUGCAGCCCCGCCUGGCUGCCAGCGGCCCCGGGGCUCCUUGAUCCGGACGGUUGCCCCUCUCCCCUGUCAGCGCUAUGCCCGGGUCGGCUGCGGCUCCGGGCUCCUCGCGGCCCCGGCCGUGACCGCCACAUCAAGCCCGACCGGGCGGUUGGGGCCGUUGGACGUUUGUUUUCGCAGCCUUCCCCUCCCCCUCGCUUAAGGCGGCGGGGGUGCGCGUUGGGAAGGGGGAGCCGAGAGACUCCUCCCCCUCCUCGAUACCCCCGCCCCUCCCCCUUACACACUCGCACGCACCAUCGCGCCGGCUCCCACACGCUCGUGCGCCUCCCGCUCCGCGCCUCCGGCUCGGCUGGCGUCGUCCAGGGCCGGUGGAGCCACCAUGUCCACUGCCUCCUCUUCCUCUAGUUCCUCCCAGACCCCUCAUCCUCCGCCGCAGAGGAUGCGGCGCAGCGCCGCGGGCUCCCCUCCCGCGGUCCCCGUUGCCGGGAGUGGGAACGGUGCGGGAGGCGGUGGAGUGGGCUGCGCCCCGGGUGCGGGAGCCGGUCGGCUGCUGCAGCCCAUCCGCGCCACAGUUCCCUAUCAGCUCUUGCGGGGCAGCCAGCACAGUCCCACGCGCCUGCCCGCCGCCUCGCUGGGCAGCCUCCCGGGGCCCGGAGCGGCCCGCGGCCCCAGCCCGCCCAGCCCGACGCCGCUGCCGGCCGUGGCCCCGACCGACCAGGCGCCGCGAACCAAGGGCCGCCCGAGACGGUCCCCCGAGAGCCACCGGAGGAGCAACUCACCUGAGAGAAGGAGCCCCGGCUCGCCCGUGUGCAGAGUGGACAGGCCAAAAUCGCAGCAAGUUCGAACCUCUAGUACAAUAAGGCGAACCUCUUCUUUGGAUACGAUAACAGGACCUUAUCUCACAGGACAGUGGCCACGGGACCCUCAUGUUCAUUACCCUUCAUGCAUGAAAGAUAAAGCUACUCAGACACCUAGCUGUUGGGUGGAAGAGGGAGCAGAAAAGAGGUCGCAUCAGCGAUCUGCAUCAUGGGGGAGUGCUGACCAACUAAAAGAGGGCCUGCUACAGCUGGGUGACUUCAUGGGUGAAGGGAUCCUGGAAGCUCCUUUUCUGUUUCUUGCUCACCUCCUUCCUAACUCCAUAGCUACUGUGUCCGACCCCUCUGGAGUUGGUGCCAGGGGGAGAGAGGGAAAGAUUGCCAAACUGAGGCAGCAGCUACAACGCAGUAAACAGAGCAGUCGGCACAGUAAGGAGAAAGAUCGGCAAUCACCGCUCCAUGGCAACCAUAUAGCCAUCAAUCACACUCAGGCUACUGGAUCAAGAUCAGUCCCUAUGCCACUGUCAAAUAUAUCCGUGCCAAAAUCGUCGGUUUCCCGUGUGCCCUGCAAUGUAGAAGGAAUAAGUCCUGAGUUAGAAAAGGUAUUCAUUAAGGAAAAUAAUGGGAAGGAGGAAGUAUCCAAGCCUUUGGAUAUUCCGGACGGCCGAAGGGCUCCACUCCCUGCUCACUACCGGAGCAGCAGCACACGCAGCAUUGACACCCAGACCCCCUCGGUCCAGGAGCGCAGCAGUAGCUGCAGCAGCCACUCACCCUGUGUCUCCCCUUUUUGUCCCCCGGAAUCCCAGGACGGUAGCCCUUGCUCCACAGAAGAUUUACUCUAUGAUCGUGAUAAAGACAGUGGGAGUAGCUCACCGUUACCCAAGUAUGCUUCAUCUCCCAAACCAAACAACAGCUACAUGUUCAAACGGGAGCCCCCAGAGGGAUGUGAGCGAGUGAAGGUCUUUGAGGAAAUGGCGUCUCGUCAGCCUGUCUCAGCCCCUCUCUUUUCAUGUCCUGACAAAAACAAGGUUAAUUUCAUCCCCACCGGAUCAGCUUUCUGUCCUGUAAAACUCCUAGGCCCUCUCUUACCUGCCUCCGACCUGAUGCUCAAGAACUCCCCCAACUCUGGCCAGAGCGCGGCCCUGGCGACCCUGGCCGUGGAGCAGCUCUCCUCCCGGGUCUCCUUCACAUCCCUCUCUGAAGACACCAGCACGGCGGGCUCCCUGGAGGCCUCUGUCCAGCAGCCAUCCCAGCAGCCCCCGCAGCUCCUGCAGGAGCUGCAGGGCGAGGAGCACAUCUCUGCACAGAACUACGUGAUCCUCUAAAGCGAAGGGGAGCUGGCCUCGACCCGCCAUUCCGUGGAUUAGGAGCUAGAUCUCAGACAUCUAUCUGCAUGGAGUGACAAAACUUUCAGAACAUCACCACAGACAAAAUACUUCUCAGCAACAUAAAGUAUCUCUUAACACUGAUCUUGGCAGGGACGGAACUCCUAUUCAGCAGUUUUUGUGGAAAGCAGUAAUGCUUGCAAAACGUGUGUAUCAUUGAGCAUUUAAGUGGAGACUAUGCAUUUCAUAGUAUGUUUGACAGAUUAGUACUGUGUCCUGUGUUUUGUUCCAAAUUCUUCAGUAUAAAUAAGCUCUAUAUCAAAAAGUUGCCUGUCUCAGUAGAAAAUGUCUUGCUGUGUUUUGUCCUAUGGAAAAUACUGUACUUCAGGAUUAUGUUUACAAUUGAUCCAGGUGUGUGUUUCUAACUUCUGUAAUACAUACAAUGCAAAAAAUAAAACAAAAGACAUGGCCACAACAGUUGCACAGUGCCCACCCUAUGGCCUAGCUUCAGGUACUUCAGUUGAAGUCUAAACUCAGGUAACUUGGAAUGUAUAUCAUAUUGGGAUAUUAACUAUUUCACAGCUAAAAAGCUAAAGAGGGAACAUCACUCUUUGCCUUUCCUUCCUUUAUGCAUUUCCCUUUCCUCAUUACAUUCCACAUUCUUAGAAUAAGAAGUGCAUUCAACCCUAGGAGAACGAUAAUCCUGGACAUGGGUGAACAUGAGAAGAACCAGCAAAUCUUGUGGUGUCUGACUUCACUUUUGUCAUGUGGUUACAAGUAAAACAACUGUUGCAUUCACUGUCUCAACAUGUGUAAAUGUGGCUUUUUCUCUUUUUUACAAGUUCAGGUGUUGCUCAGUUAAUAACUGCUCAAUGUCAUAUAUGAAGUGUCCAGGACUAGGCUGCACACAGACAUUCCACAUUGCGUGUGAUGGAAUUUAAAGACAAGAGUGUCUGGGUUUAAGUACAGAGCGAAUGAAGUUUCACAGGGGAUGGUUGAGAUUUUUUUAAUGUUGGCCAUCAAGGUCAUGAAAUGCUACUGUUGUGUCCAAAGGCAUAUUACUGUUGAUUUCCCUUUUGGUAAUUCUUUAGUUUGCAGGUUUAAAAAUAACACACUUUUGGUUAUUGUUUUCCUCAAGCAGGUUAGGUGCACGAGUUACAUUCAUGUAGAGAAGGAAUGUGUAGGUCUCAGAAUUAAUGCAGCAUAAGCAGGUUAUUUGGUGACUUCCAAACGCAGUAGUUUGAAGCUGUCUCAUUUAAGCCUCUUAUAAUAUCAUGCAUAGCCCUGUUAACAUUUCGGUUGUACAAAGUACAGCAAAACCCAAGUAAGUUAGCCUUGACUUUUCAGAGCUGACCUGGCUUCUCAUCCAGGUGUGAGGAGAGCCCUAGGUCCUCCUGAUCGGUCAGUGGAUGGCCUGACUCCCAGACUGCUGCAUGAAGAGCAUGCAGAAGCAAACGGGCAUUUUUGUAUUUUUAUCCCAUUGCUUUCAGUACAAUGAAACAUAGAGUCGUUUCCACCUGCACCUAAAGUGUAUGGCACAGUUUUCUUAAAAGUUAAGGGAACAAGGUGCGUACGGCUAUAGGAACGUUUCAGUUCCCUUCAGUCAUUCCUGGGAUUUUAUUUUCUAAAGAGGUUGAAGAAGGAAAAAAUGAUGAAGAUGAAAGCAACACCAUUGAUUUUUUUUAAGAAAUGGCAUAUAUAUGUACAUGUUCGUGUGUGUGUGUGUGUAUGUAUUCUAUGUGUUCUUUUGUCAUGAUCCCAAUUAUCUUCUUUCCACCAAAGUUCGCAGUAAUGUUUCUCCCGAAGGUAAACCCCAGCCCCUUUGAGUUAGUCAGUGUUACGUUGUAGGAGACUGCCAUGGGGAAGGACUCAGUUUACUUUUGCCAUUUUCACAGGGGAACCUUUCAAAACAAUCUCUUCAGCAGCAGACACCUUUAACCCUAAUAAUCUCAGGCCUUGAUGAAAAUACUAUAUUUUGUAGAUUAUGGUUAAAGGGAGAAAAUUAUUAGCUCUGUAAGAUAAAUAUGAGCUCCAUUAACUUCUGCUCUCUGGUUUAGCAUUACAUAAUGUGUUGAUCUUAUGCUCUGCUUUUGUCCAAAUAAGAUGCAAUAGUAUCAAUAUCAAUUUCUGAAAGAUGGACUGAUGAUGCUUUUUUGGUGAUGAAAUCUGAUGUACGAUAUUUAUAGUGAUAUGUGCUUUUAUUUUCUCACGAGAAACUGAAUAUUGAUUGUGUUGUACAUUUGUUCUUAGCAUAUAUUAAAGUUCUGAACCAAAUGUGUUAAAGCUUAUGCUUUGCCAUGUAAAUUUCCCAGAAGUUGUUGAGCUCAAAUGUAUCCUACAUCCAGCUGUAGAAAUUUGUCAGAAAUUGUUUAAAUUUUGUAUAUAGUUGUACUGUUUAAUUUAGCCACUGCGCUGAACAGUAUUCGAGUUACCACCAAUAUGGCUUUACACAAGGAAGUGUGUGGCUUUUGUUUUGUAUUUUUCAGUAUAGAAGUUCUUGUGUCUUAUUUAAAUAAAGUUAUUAGUAAAAGUG